AUGGCCAAGAAGCCUUCCAUUUUAGUCAUCACUAGCUUGCUCUUCUUCAUGACCAUCAUCAAUCAGUCCUCCUCAGCUAGAAAUCUUGGCAAUCCACCUCCAGCUAAUUCCCAUCAUCACCACAAUCAUCCACAAAUCACAUUCCUAAUGCAAAAUGUGCUCAAUGUGACGUACCCCUCUCCAAACCCUGCAACAACUAAAUUCACUAGCCCAAUUCCAUUUUCUAAACCUCUAGGCUAUUUUCCUCCUAAUGGAGGCAUCCCUUUACCACAAUCCAAUCCAAUGUUACCCACCACCGGAGUUUCAAUGCAGAACAUUGGCUUGUCAUUUCCGGCUAGUGCUGCGCUACAAGAAAUGGAAUUAGGAAGUGUUGUAGAAAUUGAUGAGAACUUAUUUGAAGGGACAAUAUAUGGUUCACUAGUGGUUGGAAAAGCACAAGGAAUAUUUGUUGCGAGUUCAGAAAAUGGAACUAGUCAUAUGGUGGCAAUGACAGCGAAUUUUGGCAAGAAUGAAUCUAAGGAUGGGUUAAAAUUUUUUGGUGUGUACAAGAGAGUUGUGCCUGAGUCCCACAUUGCAGUCAUCGGUGGGACGGGGAAGUUUCAUGCUGCUAAUGGCUAUGCAGUGAUUAAGGCUGUAGAUGGAGGCUUUAGUGCACUUGGGGAAGAAGCAAACAAAAGAAAGAAACUCCUUUCCUUCAAUGUUUAUCUCAUGAAAUAG